AUGCAAUCUACUGUCCCAAUAGCAAUUGCGAGCAACGGCAACAAGAGAGAUGUCGUCCAGAACGUUUCUGCAGGCGACGAGGGUGAUAUAUUGCAAAGGCUAGCCCGUAACAGAGAGAUGAUUUCUACCUCCCUCUCGCCACAAAAAUCGUCAGGAUUUAGUGGUAGAAGGAGGUCAUCUAGUGUUAGGGACGCCCUUUCUUCUUUUUUUGGAACUGGUAAUAGUCCAACAUCUAGUAUGGACGAUUAUUCCAAUUUGAUGAACCGUAACUAUUCUACCGCAUCAACUGCCAUGUGUAGGGGGAACAGUUUUCCUUCAGAUGUUGGCACUAAGGCUUACAAUAUUACGGGAUCUUACCAACCGGAUAGGCACAGGAAUUCUGUUCCGUAUACCACCAUAGACCAGUUACACACAAGGCAAGACACCGGGUUGAGGAGAGAGUCAGAUCCAGUCGCGGCAAAACAAAUAUCUAGUAAUAAUGAUAUUGUUAGGUCAUUCAUAACACAUCAUGCUAGUAAUAGCACUAUGUUUAUUAAUAGGGUGCUAUCGGACUAUUUAGCGGAUCGUGGUUUCAUCAAGCAAACACCGUUAUAUAAUAAGAAAAGUGUGCUGGAAAUUUCCAUUGCAACAAGUGCAGAAUCAGUUUUCUUGCCAACUACAAAAAGUGAUGAAACAGAGUAUCUAUCACUGAUUCAUGGUUCUUUAAAUCAGGCGCGAACACAGCCUGUCGGGUCCACUAACACUGCAGAAAGUGAUUUCCUCCCUUCAUGUCCUACGAUGGACACUUUGAAUGAAAACAAUGAUUUAUCACUAUUUCCGUUACAUACACAGCGAACCAGCCCCUCUAAUACAGCAAGGACAGGUAAUGCUAUGGAUACAAGCAAUUCUGAUCGUGCUUCUCCGGCCUCGAACAAUAACACAACAGAUGCGGAUUCCUUUGUUGCGAGUGGCAAUAACAACCCUAUGAAUAAUAACAAUUCUCCCGCGAGAAACAGACAUCCUAAUUCUCACUCGCGUUCUCUUCCUAAUGCUUGGAAUAGCCAAAUGCCUUCAUUCAGCUUUGCAUUGAUAUUUUCCCUGAAUAAAUCAACUACCCUUUCUGAUAUUAAAGUAGAACUCACUUCUAACGUGAGAGUGGUGUGGUUCAAUGGUCUUCCCCCUACCAAGAAUGUUAACGAGGAAUGCUAUAAUAUAGGUUCUUUGGACUGGACCUUAAAUGCAGACAACUUUAAUCUUUUCAUUCCGCAAGGCGCAAAGUCUCCUCUUGAUAUCGUUGAAAAUCAUUCCAAUAACAGGAAAUUGAAAGUGCUCCAGAAAUUAUCGAUGAGGAAACGCCGUUCUUUCUCGAAUAAAGCAGUUCUUAGGGAAAAUAUAUUAAACAAUUUAAAUGCCUCGAAUUCUACGAACAAGUUAAAUGCUGGUGUUUAUGUCUUUACUAUCCCCAUAGUGCUUGCCAGUCGUAUUCCUGAAUCGCUUUACUACCCAUCAGCGAGGGUAUCCUACAGCUUAAGAUUAGCGACAAAAUUGAAGGAUGAACAUACACAGUUGGUUGCAUCACGGCCACGUUCUUCUUCUAUCUCUUCUCCUCAAAAACUGCGUUCAUAUUCCUGUUCUGAUUCUUAUGAAUAUUCUCAAAUUGAUGACACCAUAGAAGGAGAAACCUACAAUAACGACAAAAAUUCUACUGGAAAAAUCGCAUUUCCCUCCUCAUGGUUAAAAAGUGCGAAGGGGCGCUUAAAAAGGAAUAAUUCUAACGGAAGGUCAGAUAAUAAUGGCGCAUCUUCUAGUGGUUUAGCGAUGCAACAUGAUUCUGAAGACACUAUAAAUUUACAGUACCCGCUUAAUUUGGUGAGAACUCCGCCAGAAAUCUCUGUCACUACAGCAAAUAAGCCACUUUACAUUAACAAGGUUUGGGAGAAUUGUCUUUCUUAUGAAAUUUCAUUCGCCCAAAAGUAUGUGCCCUUGAAUGGUGAAAUUCCAAUCACAAUUAAAGUGGCACCUCUAGUAAAAAGUCUUAGUGUCAAGAGAAUUCGUGUUAGUUGUAGAGAAAAAAUCUCCUACAGGAGUAAAGACUAUCAAUAUGAUUUUGACCAGUUGGAUCCAUUGGCUUCAGAUCCUUGCAAUCCCUAUCAUAUGAGAUAUUUAGUGAGAAAAAAGAAGGACAGAAGCUUGCCUCUAUUUGAGGUGGCCUCUAAAUGUACUAGUGGGCCUUCUAUUAGAGAGGAAGUUGUCACCAAUACAGUUGAUGAUAACUUAUUAGCCUACACUUCAUCAAAAGAAAACAACAAAGAUAUCCCAUUUUCUGAGUCCUUUACUGUUAAAACGAAGUUAAAAUUUCCAAAAUAUUGUGAAGUGGACGCUACCAAAGCUGCAAGUCUACCACCAUAUGGUAUCGAUCUUUUCGACCCAAUAAAAGAUCCAACUCAGAGUGAGAACACCUCUAAUAACGGCAAUGUAUUGGGCUUUCUAGUGGGUCGCCCUAACAGGGCUUCCAAGACAGUUCAUAAAAUACCGCAAGACAAGAAUCAUAAUGAGGUCAAUGAUACAAAUGGAAACUCGAAUACAUCUUUGCAAACUAGCUCGAAUGUUCCCAUUCAGCACUACACACGGUUGAAUAAACCAAGACGCGGUUUAUAUUUGGACAGUAUGCAUUUUAAGAAUAUCCAAUGUUCUCAUAAAUUAGAAAUCGUCUUGAGGGUUAGCAAAACUGAUAGUGGUAGCUCAAAAAUCAUAAGGCAUUAUGAAGUAAUUGUUGAUACACCAAUUUAUUUGAUUUCUGACCUUUGUAACACUUCAAAUAUAGACUUACCGACUUAUGACAUGGCCACCACUGAAUCUUCUAAAGUCCUGCCACCAACUUUUGAAGAGGCAACAUCAGUUUCAGCAUCACCAAGAUCUUCUGUAUCUUAUUAUCCCGAUGACAUUUCCAUGCAACAGUUGAAUUUGUCUAGGUCGACUUCCCUCGCAAAUGGUUACCUGUCAACCUUACAUCCAAAAACAACCGCUGUUUCGGACUCGUCUAACGGUGCCCCAAUCCGGGACCAGCAAGAGCAACAAGCACGCCCCUUGAGGACUGAAGAUUAUGCGCUACAAAUGGGGAAUGAAAAUAACGCCUAUAGCAAUAUGGACGGUUUGCUUUCGCAGGAUAUCUUUGAACAGGAGACCGCGGCCACGCUAUUUAAAAGAGACAUUGUCACAAUGAACUUUAACAAUAAUAUAUUCACACCACGGUAUAGUCCGCGCACUUUUACCAAUACCGACUACAAUUAUAAUGAUAAUGAUAAUAAUGAUAAUGAUACAGAGGGGCCUGGUCCAAUAAUUCAUCCGGGUCCUGAACCACCAAGAUAUGACGAGAUUUCAUCAUAA